AUGGAAGAUAAUAUAAUUGACGUGCUUGACUUGCCAACACAAAUGGAUCAUAUAAACGAUACGAGCGACCCUGGUGUAUGUCAACUAAUUUAUAUCGUUUAUGAAUGUUUGACCGUGGCUAUUUCCAGUAGUAGUUGGGUCAUACCAAUGACAUUUGAAGAACGUUACUCGUUUGAUAGGUAUCCCCGGGUCAUAUCGACCCGCCGUACUCCACCCGGAGAACAUCGAAUAAGCUGGAAAUACUCCAUAAAGGCGAUACCAAAGAACAUCUGCAAUGCUAAUCUUCCUGUUGGAAGUGGAAUAUGUGGGCAUAAUAGUAUCCGCAGAAUCUCUAAUGAGCAAAGGCCCAUAUGUACAUGCCCUGAAAGUUAUUCCUUGAUAGACCCUGAAAGUGACAGCACAUUUGGGAGCAAUGCAACACAAGAUUUUAAGGAAGAGAUAGGACGAGGGGCGUUUGGAGUAGUUUACAAGGGUGUAAUUAAAGCAGGAGGUAUUCCGAGUCUUGUGGCUGUCAAAAAAUUAGAUCGAAUGAGUGAAGAUGCGGAUAAGGAGUUCAAAACCAAAGUGAAUGUGAUCGGUCAAACAGAUCACAAAAAUCUAGGAACGAGAUCAGAGGUUAUUGGUAUACGAAUACAUGAGCAACGCAUACAGAUCAUACAUUGUGAUGUAAAACCUCAGAAUGUACUUCUAGAUGACUAUCACAAUGCUCGGAUUGCUGAUUUUGGGUUGGCAAAGCUUUUGGCACUAAAUCAAACGCAGACUAAUACGACGAUCAGAGGAACCAAAGGGUAUGUAGCCCCUGAAUGGUUCAGGCAUAAACCGUUGUCAGUGAAGAUUGGGCGCUUGAUUGCUACUGAGCUAAUGAUUUAG